UUGUCAAAAUAUAAAAUAAAUAUUUAUUUUUGUUUAUUUAAUAUUUAACCACAAUAUUAUUAUUUUUUUACUAUGUUUUAUAAGAAUACUUCUUUUUUAAACGAAAGAAACACUAUAUUUAUGAGAAGAUAUACCUCCUGUUAUACUAAUAACGUUAGAGUAUUGAUGGAUUUAUUUAAUUUCUCUGAAUCUAAGGCUGAGGCAUAUGUUCGAAAGCACAAAAAGCUUUUCCACAAAGAAACAUCGCAAAUCGUUGAUAGUUAUCAUUUCUGUAAAAAGAUAGGAUAUACCAAUAGAGAUAUUUUAAAAUAUUCAAAUUUAUUGAUACCACCAUAUAUUCAACAUGUUCAACACUUUAAAUCGUUGGAAGAGACCGGUUGUAAUCCAAUUCAUCCCAAACUACUAAGCAAUCCAAAACUGUAUAUGAAGAGACCAAUUUCAGUUUUUAAAGUUUUGAAGUUUUUAAAAGCAGAAAUAAAUGUAGCUGAUCAGUUUUUACAGUACAUCAAUCUUCCUAUUGAAAAACCCAAAGAAUUAGACAAAAGAAAGAAUAUUCUUGAUGACAUGCUAUGGACGGAUAUUCAUAAACGAAUUUUAGACGAGUGGCUUAAAGCAAGACUAGAUGCAUCAGACGAAGAUAUUAUUAAGUUGUUUCGAAUUCAUAAAAUGAUUAAAAAUAAAAGUUUUCGGGUAAUAGAAGAAAAUAUUCAGUUAGCCGAAUCUUUGGGAUUAGACAGUCGGAAAAUUUUGAAGUGUGGUUAUCUAUUAAAUAACUAUCCAGAAUAUCCAAAAACGGUCUUAAGGGACUUUCCUAAUUUAGCAGGCUUAGAUAUGAGAGCUGCCAUGAAAACAAAUCCAAAAUUAAUGAUGAUUAAUCCGAAAAAUAUUUUGAAAAUAUAUGGUUUAUUGAAGGAACAUGGCAUAUCUGACGAACACAUCCGGAAAAAACAUCAAAUUUUUACCAUGAAUGUCGAUACUAUUCGUUGCAGAUUACUAGAAAUUAAAAGGCAUCCAGAACUUAGAUCUAUAAGUGAUUAUAUAAAUAUUUUACAUUUAAUUGUUCACCAAAAGAAAAUCAAUUCGAGGUUGUCGUUUAUGCAGGAACUUAAACUAAAAUGUGGUAGUUUUCAAAUUUUCCAAAAUAUGGAAGAUAAAUUUUUUGAGGAUUAUAUCAAGGAAGGAAAAGACGUAAAUUUAAAAGCGGACCUCAUCAGAUUUCUUUCGAUAUUGUUCAAGAAAGAUAAAAAGGAAGUGUCAAAAAUAAUAUAUGCGCAUCCGUGUUGUCAGUGUGUACCUUUUAUAGAUAUGGAAGACACUUAUAAUUAUUUAAUCAAAAAAGGAUACACAAAUGAGAGUAUUUUCAAAGCUAUGUACAUCUUGCUGUAUCCAAAGUCUAAAAUAGAUGAAGCCAUAAAGACCAUUUUACUAGACCCUGACGCGGAUUUUUAUGAUUUAACUCAAAAGCAGGUCCUCAAUUUGGCUUUAUAUCAUAUGGAGAAGAAACAUCACUUUACUGGAAACGGAAUAUGGGCUACUACUCCCCCUGAAGAUAUUGUUUUAGAAUAAUAAAUUUUCUUAUAGAGUAAAAA